UUCAGUUCAGUCGCUAGCUAUGUGCAACAGAACUCCAUAAAUUGAAUGAAGCAGUGAGCAAAGCUCAGUAGCAUCCAAAGCUGCAGCCAUCGGGAAAUAAAUCAGCUCCUUGGAAGCAUUCAAUUUUAUGGCCAUAUUGGCUUCCUUUUCGGCUCUUUUAGCUUCCUUUUGUGCCCUAAAACUUGUCUUUUCUCUUUGGUGGAAGCCCAAAAUUAAAGAGAAGCAGCUGAAGCAGCAGGGAAUCGGAGGAACCUCUUACAAUUUUCUUUUUGGAGACAAGCCAGUUAGCAAGAAGCUGAUGAUAGAAGCAUGGGCCAUCCCCAUGUCUUUAAACCACGAGAUUGUCCCACGUGUCGACCCUUCCCUUCAUCAAAUUGUGCAAACAUACGGAAAAGUGUGCUUGAGUUGGACUGGAACAAGGCCGAGACUGAUAAUGGGGAAGGCAGAGCUGAUAAGGCUGAUACUGAACGACAAGGAUGGUCACUUCCAAAAGCCUCCACAGAACCCUCUUGUGGACCUUUUAACGCUGGGAGUCUCAACCUUGGAAGGAGAGAAAUGGGCCAAGCGUAGAAGGUUAAUUACUCCUGCAUUCCACCAUGAGAAGCUGCAGGGAAUGGUGCCAGAGUUUUUAGCAAGUUGCUGCAAUCUGAUUGAUCGAUGGACGAUGUUGCUCGCAUCUGAUGGACGGAGCGAAAUUGAUAUCAGUCCUGAACUGCAGAGCCUUUCUGCAGAUGUGAUUUCUAGAGCAGCCUUUGGAAGCAGCUAUAUAGAAGGGAAGAAGAUAUUUGAACUUCAAAAAGAGCAAGCAGUGCUGGUACUUGAAGCAUUUCAAGCUUUGUACCUCCCAGGACUCAGGUUUCUACCAACUAAGAAGAAUAAACGGAGAUAUGAGGUGGAUGCAGAGAUAAAAGCAAUGUUAAGAGAUAUAAUUUGCAAGAAGCAAAAGGCAAUGCAAAAUGGAGAAUCAGGUAAUGGUGAUCUACUUGGGUUGCUGUUGCAAUGCAAAGAAGAAAAGGGAAAUGAGAUGACAAUUGAAGAUGUAAUAGAGGAGUGCAAGCUGUUCUACUUUGCUGGCCAAGAGACCACUGCUAACUGGCUUACAUGGACCCUCAUCGUGUUGUCCAUGCAUCCGGACUGGCAAGAGAAGGCCAGGCAAGAAGUUCUCCGUAUUUGUGGAAAGACAGCCCCUGAUGUGGAAAUUUUGAACAGGCUCAAAAUUGUCACGAUGGUGUUGUUUGAAGUCCUAAGAUUAUAUCCACCAGUGACUGGCCUGUUUCGAUAUACCAUCCAAAGAACUAAGGUAGGGGAUAUUUCCAUCCCUGCAGGGGUUGAAGUUUAUCUACCAAUUAUGCUGUUGCAUCAUGAUUCUGAGUACUGGGGAGAUGAUGCAGAAGAGUUUAAACCAGAGAGGUUUGCUGAAGGAGUUUCAAAGGCAUCAAAGGAUCAAUUGGCAUUUUAUCCCUUUGGCUGGGGACCAAGAAUUUGCUUAGGCCAAAGCUUUGCAAUCAUAGAAGCAAAAUUGGCUCUGGCCAUGAUUUUGCAGAACUUUUCAUUCAAGCUAUCACCUUCAUAUACUCAUGCCCCCCAUACCAUAAUAACUCUCCAGCCACAGCAUGGGGCUCCAAUUAUAUUCCAACAGAUAUAAAGAUUUUAUGUCCAGAUAGGAAUGAAGAAAUUUCUCUUUUUUCUACAAGAAUGUCACCAAUUCCAUGAACUGUGUGGCACACGGAUCUUCUGUAGACCUGGUAUUUACUGAUAUUGCUAAGAAUGCAAAAAAAAAAAAAAAGGUGGAAAUUGGACAGUAAUUGCUGUUUUACUUUGACCUUCAAUGGAAAAGUCUUUUGUAUCCUUGCACAA